AUGAGUUGUGAUAUUUGCAAGAAACCCUUCAAUAUAUUGUGGAGGAGAGAUACCAAAUGCAAACGUUGUAAUAGAAUUAUUUGUACUGAUUGCUCCAAAUUGCAGUAGGUCAGAGAUGUGUUUAGGAAUAUUUGUAAAGUUUGCAUGCAAGACUGCGAAACCAUAAGAAAGAUAAUUUCGGAAUCCCUUCUUGCUUGGAAUCACAAUAGUGAGAUAGCCAAAAGGUAUUGGGUCAAAGAUGUUGAAUUCAUUAAAUCCAUGUACAAAUUGAACAAAGAAAUUAAAUAAAGCAAUAUUGCACGAGAUGUUAAAACCAUAUUAUAAACUCCCAUGAAUUACUCAAUCUAAGAAUUUUUAAAUUUAUUGAUAUUCAAUAAUAGAGACGUCGAAGUCACUAUUACAAAUGUAGUUGAUACCUUUGUAACUCGUAAUCCUAAAGUUGGCUACAAUUAAUACUUGAUUAAAUUAACAAUAUUCCUGUUAUGUUUUUGCAAAGACUAUGUUUGUUUAAAAAUACUAGAAGAUCUAUAUAAUAAAAUACCAAAACAAUAUUACCCUGAGUAUUAAACGACUUAGGAAUUCAUUAAAGAUCACGAUUAGAUGUAGCAUGAUGCUAUUUAAGAUGUUAAAUUUCGGUUCAAAUUGGAACAGGAUUAAAUUAUGGCAGCCAAAUAGUUCAUUGAAUCAGCUAUGAUGCAUUAUAAGAAUCAAUUCUUUCUCAAUCUUACAUUUUCUAGUGCUUUCUAUAUCUUAGAUAAAAUUAUCUAAAGUACUGAUUCAACUGAAAUCGAUAAAUUCUUUAGUGUGAUCAUCCAAAUUAAUAUUAAUUAACUUCAGACUAAAAAUUCUGAACUUGUGAUAGCCAGAACAACUACAGUAGAGGGGAUAAAAUAAUAUCAAAAUUAAUUGGCUAAAAAAAGAUCCUCAUUAUAUUUAUCUGUUGAUAAAUGUGCUCAGGAUGCUAGACAAUAAUCUCAAUAAUCUUGUCGGACAAUACAAAGGAAAAUGGAUGUUAGCGAAUUCGAAGUAGAUGAGAACGAAAACUUAAGUCAUCAAUCACCCACUCUGCUCUAAUCAUAAAAAUUAGAAAUUACAAAAUUAACCUAGGAACUUCUCUCAUUGGAAUAACAGAUAAACUCAUUAAGGAUUGAAAAUCAACAAUUGGAAGAGAUAAGUGUUUAAAAUACUGCGACUCUUUUUAAGGAAUAUGAGAACGCAAUAAGUGAUCUGAUAGAUAAGACUGAGAUUUUAUUGAAGUAAUAGAUGAUGAGUGGUUGA